AAGAAACCGAAAUGCUGAGUACUACGAUAUUCCUGGAAGUAGUAGAGUGAAUUUUUGGAAUACUAUCGCAAAUAUAAUCAACGAACGAUUUGGAGGCACUUAUACAGGACAACAAUGUAAUAAUAGAUUUAAAAAUCUUGUAAGAGAUCAUACCAGAAGUAGAACUGGUGAGCGAUAUUUUGAAGAAUUUCAUUCUCGUUUUUGGGAGAGACCAGAAAAACUAUUCGACAUAUUGCAUAAUGAAAACACAUCCGCGAGAAGACGCCACCGUAACCGUACUCCACCGCCAACUUAUGAAGUGUCAUCAAUUCUAAGUACGAGUCGCUGCGAAUUCACCACCAAUCAAAGGAAUCGAUCUGCGUCUCCCACUCGAAAAAUUCCUAGUGAAAGGGAUGAGAAUAGCAGUUCAGAUGAUGUGACAUACGAAUCUUCAUCUGAGUUGAUAAAUAUUACUUCAGCUUUUAAUAUAUCUGUAUCACAAAAUGACAGUGAUUUUAGUAUGCCCGAUGUAGGAGGAG